AUGCUGCUGACCCCGGUUGCCGCCACACCCUUCUCCGUCCACGACAUCCUGCGGCUGGAGCGCGAGCAGGGCGGCCCCGCGGCUUCGCCACACCGGGAACUGCGGGGGAACCUGGAAAACUGCCCGUAUCUGCGAACGGACUCAGAGACCCAAGGGUCGGAGACUCACAACGCCCUUGGUGGUGGCGGCGGCGGCGACAGAAGGGAAGACGGAUCGGAGCCGCCUGGGGGUGCGUGUGAGGCGGUUACGCAGAUGGACUCAGAAACGGUGGAGAGGCCAGAGCCUGGCCUGAGCGUAGCCUCGCACCUACGCGGGGGGACCAGGGUGCUGGAGCGCGGCGUUGGCGACGGCGGGCGUGGUGGCGGCCCGGAGCAGCCCAGGGCGCGGCAGCGGCGGAAGCCGCGGGUGCUCUUUUCGCAGGCGCAGGUGCUGGCCCUGGAGCGGCGCUUCAAGCAGCAGCGGUACCUGUCGGCGCCCGAGCGCGAGCACCUGGCCAGCGCACUGCAGCUCACGUCCACGCAGGUCAAGAUCUGGUUCCAGAACCGGCGUUAUAAGUGCAAAAGGCAGCGCCAGGACAAGUCGCUGGAACUGGCCGGCCACCCUCUGGCGCCACGCCGGGUGGCGGUGCCCGUGCUGGUGCGGGAUGGCAAACCCUGCGUGAGCCCGGGCGCGCCCGCCUUCCCCGGCCCCUACGGCGCCCCGGUGUUGCCCUAUUCUUGCUGCGGCAGCGGCUACCCCGGCGGCCCCUACGGCGCGAGCUACGGCGAUGGCUGCGCGGGCGCGCCCUCGGGCCCCAGGGCACCCACACUACUGGCCAGCGCGGGCCUCGUCCCCGGUGGCCCAAACGCCACCCCACAGGACCAUCUGGCUGCCACGCUGCAGGGUGUUAGGGCCUGGUGA